AUGCCUCCAGCCGGUGAUUGGAUGCGCACUCAAGACCCAUCAAGCUCGCCCAACACGGCGCAGCGAUCUAAUUCACACCACGCGGCACUCACCGUGGAGAACGACGACGAUUCAUACACUGCUCCUCCUCCUCACUCACCAAGCUCGGCCUCUUCCUCGAGCGCACCCUUUGCUCUUCCCUCUCCCUCAUCCUACCCACCACCUUUCUCAUCCCUUUACUCCAACCCGGACGACGACGAGGGGCUCGAUCGCACCCAGGCAUCCGUCACAGAAUCUGGUGGUUCACCAUUUAUCCCAGCAUUCGCUCCAGCACCCCCAUUCAAAGAAACCUCCCCCUCGCCUGCGCAAUCGCCUGUUGUCUUAGAUACCAAAGCCGCACUUUCGCGGGAUAAGACAGGAGAAGCAUCGGGCAAAGGCCUAGACGACGGAGAGCCGCCACCGCCGUAUACUGAAGGGUAUUCACCGCUCCAGUCCUUUACCUACGUCAUGGCCGCGGCCGGAGGAGCUGCGUCUAUAAUUACGCAGGUACAGCAGACAGGUGGAGGCCCAUUGAAUACACUUGGAGAUAUUGGGGGCGAUGAGCAUAUCACGUUAGAUUUACGUGGUACUCGGUUUACGCUGUCGCGCGAUGAACUACUCACUCUACCAGAAUUCGUUCUUCUUUCCUUAUUCCCGAAUGGUCUCCUUCCUGAUGGACAUAUGGGGACAUUCCAUGAAGGCGAUGUAUACCCCGUCGACUACGACCCCGCCUCUCUUCAAUACAUGCUAGAUUUUUUCCGCUCUGUAGCGCAAUCGAUUCCUUCAUCCUCGCCGUCCCCAACCACGUCCCCUGAAGGAGAUUACGCUAUCGAUCCAAUGCAUGGGUCUCCAAGGGAUAUGCUGCGGGAUCGCGCGGGCAUCAUUGUGCUUCGCGAAGACCUUGACUUCUACGCAAUCCCGCCCGUAGUCGAUAUUGACCACCCGGAAAUGAUCGAGGUGAAGCGAGCUGCCGGAAGAGCCUUGUUGAAACAAGAUGGGAUCUUCUCAGGACUCCGAAAAAGCGAUGAACCCGGAUCGACUGAGCAGCAUCUCAUUGAGAUGUUAACCGCUGGCGGUUUCAACCAUGAUGAUCGAUGGGGCCACCGUGCCGGCGAACCGAACAAAGCUGUAAUUUGUAGUUUGGCACUGGCGAAGCUCCGGGCUGAUAUACGAGGCGACUUAACCAAUAAUAGCCCCUUCGGGAUGGAGCAGAAACUUCUCCUUUUCUGGCGGAAGCCGGCGCGAAGGUGCUGGUGGGAAGGUGUGGAGCUUGAGGGCGUGGAGGGAGUCGAGGGGAAGCUCAAGGUUUGGAUUCGGAGAGUGUGGACGCUUGAAAUGAGCGUCAUUGGACUGCGUUGA